AUGGAUCCUUCUCUGUAUGAGGCGGCAACAUCAGGUGAUGUUGGUUUCUUAAGGGAGAAAAUUAGAGAUGGCGGUGCAUCAAUUGGUCUUCUCCAACAGAAAACGCCUAAAGACAACAAUAUUCUUCAUAUUUCCGCUGAAUUCAAGCAAAUAGAUUUCUUCAAAAAUGUCGAUGCAGAUCAAUUUGAUAAGCUGUUUUGGGCCACCAACAAGAAAGAUGACACUCCCCUGCACGUUGCUUCACGAGUAGGCUGUCAUGAAAUAGUAAAGUUGCUCAUUCAACAUGCGAAGAAAAAGCUUCAUCACACGGAAAGAGGUGAUGAGGAGAGCGGACCAGCUGAUGGUGAAUCUCAUAACAAGUUACUCCGAGUGACUAACUCGGAUAAAGACACAGCUUUGCAUCUUGCUGUUCGAUAUAAUCACGAGGAAGUUGUGAUUCUGUUAAUGGAAUCUGAUCAUCAAUUGUGUUGUCUUACAAAUAAAGCAGAGGAGUCGCCCUUGUUCCUUGCUGUUAGAAAAAGAUCUCCAAGCAUUGCUCAUUGUAUUCUACAGGCUUACGAUUCCGACAUUUCUCCUUCUUUCCAGGGGACUAACGGACUGACAGCCUUGCAUGUGGCAGUGACUCAAGAAAAACUCAUAGACAAAGGCGUUGUCAAGAUGAUGAUGUCCAAAAAUCAUGACAUAAUCAGAGAAGUUGAUGCUAUUGGAUGGACCCCCUUGCACUACGCAGCAUUCACAGGGCACGUUGAAGCUACUCAACUACUGUUGAAAUCUGAUAGCUCAACUUGUUACAUGCUGGACGAAUCUAAAAUGUCAGCUCUCCAUGUCGCAGCCUAUGCAGGCCACACCAAAGUGAUGGCGGAGCUAAUUCGAUGUCGGCCUGAUGCUUCUGAUUUGCUUAACUCAAAAGGCCAAACGGCUCUUCAUGCUGCAGUUUUAGGUGGACAAAGAGGUGUGGUUAAGUACAUAUUAAGGACCCCUAAGCUUGCGGGACUUAUUAAUGAAGCUGACAAAGACGGAAACACUCCUCUGCAUAUGGCGGUUAUUUACAAAAAGAUCGAAAUUAUUGACAUUUUGACGUCUGACCCUAGAGUGGACAGGACUGCUAUCAAUAAAAAACUCUCAAAAGCCAUUGAUAUUUUUCUUGGUCAAUGUAUUGAAGAACAGGAAAUUAUCAACAGAUGUCCAGUGUUGCAGCAGUUGGGGUCCUCCGUGGGUGGUACAUUUUUCCAACAAAAAAUCAGGAAUGAUUUCAACAAAGUAAAACCUUCACAGAAGGAUACGCCCUGCACACCAGCCGCCAUUGGACAUAAGUGGCAAAAAGAGGAGCAAGCUAGUUCAAAUCAGGCCUUGAAAAGACUUGAUACGAAGCUAGUGGUAACGACACUUAUUGCAACCGUCACUUUUGCAGCCGCUUUAACACCUCCGGGAGGAUUUAAAACUGACGGGACUCCGGUUUUAUUUGAAAAUUAUUAUUACAAAGUAUUUCAGCUUUUCAACCAGGUAUCCUUCGUUCUGGCAAUUCUUGCGAUCUAUAACGAAUCAAAUCCAAUACGUUUUCUGUCAAUCGAAGUAGCCACACCUGCAAGACUCAUUCAGUAUUCCAUUGGAGGGUUGCUGGUAGCGUUUGUUUCGGUCGCAGCUGCAGUGACGCCCAAAUGCCACAGCAAAGGUCCACUUCAAAUUAUUCCCAUUGGACCAAGUCCAGUUGAUAUUUUUGUCAAUAUCUUCCAACUUUUUGUUAUAGCAUUUGCUCUCAUCCCCGUCGUUACGUUUGUAUAUCAAAAGCUCAGGGAGAGACAAGUCAGCAACCGAGUAAUUUAG